UAGUACGAAAUAUAUAAAAUCAUUUUGGAAUUAAUACCGGUAUGCAGUUCCGCGUAUACUAUUAACUGCACUGACUAUGUUUGUAGUCUUUUGGUGUUUUGACGCCUCUUGCUGACAUAACAAUCGAAUCGUAACACGACCUUUUAUGAUGUAACUAUUGACUCAUGAAGAUCCUAGUAUUUUCAGACAGGCAGUGAAGUAACAAUAGCUGAAGUGUAUGCUUUCUAUUGCUCGCAAUCUAGACGAAAAAAUGAGACUUCGUGGGACGCCGAAAAAUUCAAUCUGCAUUGCGAUGGGAUUUGUGAAUUUUAUAAUUAUUUUGGCAUUUUUGAUAGUUUCAAUUUCCAAAUACGAAAAAGGGGAAUACAAUUUCCAACGAUGGAAUAAUGCGGAAAGCAUGCCAGGCCACCAGAAGAAGGCUGACGUUGACUUUGAAAGCGGUCAUGCUCGGGUGUCGUACUCGUUUCCCAGAAGAAAUGUCUCGGGUUCAUAUGCAAGGGAAUUGUAUAUAGUAGUCGGUAUCCCAACAGUUAAGAGGAUCAAGGGAGUUAAUUAUUUGGUCGGAACAUUGGACUCGUUGAUACGAAACAGAUCUUUCUCGAGUGUUGUUUUUGUGGUUCUUGUUGCUGACAUAGACAAAGAGAUUAGGAAGCAAACGACUGCAACGAUUGAAAAACGAUAUGCUGAAGAAGUAAAAAGUGGUCUCAUUCAGAUAAUCUAUCCUCCUGAUCAUAUUUAUCCUAACUGGGACAAAGAGUUGAAAUUGACAUUCGGAGAUUCCAGGAGACGAGUAAAGUGGAGAUCAAAGCAUAAUAUUGAUGAAUCAUAUUUGAUGAAAUAUGCUUAUUCACUCAAUCCCAAAUAUUAUUUGAUGCUGGAAGAUGACGUCACCGCAGUAGAUGAUUACCUUAAUAUUAUUUAUAAGCACGCAGAGUCAUCGUGGCGAGAAGAUCUUUUCAUAAUUUCAUAUUGCAAAUUUGGAGCGAUAGGAAAGCUUAUAUCUGGGGAGAUGCUACCUCUUGUGUCUGAUUACUUGAGAGUUUUAUGGAGUUAUAAGCCGAUAGAUUGGUUGAUAUCAGAUCUACUGUUUACAUUAGCGUGUGGAUAUCCUAGGAAAGAUUGUGAUAAAGAAAUAUCUAAGAUUAAAAUUGAUCAUCCGGACUUGUUCAAACAUAAAGGAAAAAUAUCUUCAAGUAAAAACACAUGAUCGAAAACUGCCAAGCCUACGGAUUGUUUGUUUUACCUGUUUUGAUGGUCGAUAUCGGCAAAAGAUGGUUUACUAUAAUUCAAUGAACAUUCUGAAAUAAAUCUAUCGCUUUACAGCUUUACACGGACAUCGAAAUGUCAAGUCCCAAUUUACAUCUUUUAUCCAAGGAUGACACAUAACAGUCAUGAGAUCGAUAUAAAUAACGGUUGCUAAAAAAUCCUUGACGUGUAACUAGGGCUGGGCAUUUCGAAUCGAAUAGUAAAUUAUUCGAAUCGGUUCAGAGCUAAAUUUCGAAUCGCCGCCAUCUUGUUUUCAUCUUUCCGCUAAUUGUCGA